CGGCAGACACAUUCACCUGCCUAGCUUCUCUGUCCGUCCCACUGGCAGACACAGCGAUGCCCAUUCUGGGUGGAGGAGCCAAGUGUGGAGCCUGUGGGAAGUCCGUGUACCACGCGGAGGAGAUCCAGUGCAAUGGGAGGAGCUUCCACAAGCCGUGUUUUAUCUGCAUGGCCUGCAGGAAAGCCUUGGACAGCACCACUGUGGCCGCUCAUGAAUCUGAGAUUUACUGCAAGUCCUGCUAUGGGCGCAAAUAUGGCCCCAAGGGAUACGGGUACGGCCAGGGCGCCGGCUGCCUCAGCACCGACACGGGAGAGAGAUUUGGCAUUGAAGUGGCAGAGUCCCACCCGGCCCGCGGAUCUCCCACGACCCCCCACUCUUCAAAAUUGGCGGCCAAGUUUGGCGCAACAGAGAAAUGCCCCCGGUGCCAGAAAUCAGUUUACGCCGCUGAGAGAGUGAUGGGAGGAGGGCAGGCCUGGCAUAAAACCUGCUUCCGCUGCGCCUUUUGUGGCAAAAGUCUGGAUUCCACCACCGUAACGGAGAAAGAAGGAGAGAUUUACUGCAAAGUUUGCUAUGCAAAGAACUUUGGCCCCAAGGGGAUCGGAUUCGGUGGUCUGACACAGGUGGAACAGAAAGAAACCUAAACGGACAGUGACCUAAUGAAGUUCUCACUCAGUACUGGAGGUGAUAAACUGGCCAGUCGGCAUCCUCCCCUCUAUGUUAUUCUGCCGUUCAGCCAAUAAGACUUUAGCUCUCAGCUCUGUGAGUCAUUUUGGGUGACGCCCAUGAGGAACCUGCGCAGUGCAUGUGGGGGCUGCAUGUUUGGGGAGGGGGGUUGUCUGGAAGAAAACACCGGCUGAUCCAGAAUAAUAAAAGCAAAAAUAAAA